AUGCCCAUGACUUCGCCAAACUCUCACCAUAUGCUGUCCUCGUCCAUCUCCUCGCUUUCUUCCGACAACCACAAGCGGCCUCAGACUGCCCAGAUCGCAAAAGCAUACCGCCAGGCCGCCCAGCUGUUCCUCACCCGCCGCCUCCCCGAAGCUCUGUCCACCAUCGAGCCUAUCAUCACCCCGGACGACCAAAGCUCCCAUGCUCCCGUCGCCCAUGCCUCACGCGGCACCCGCAUAAAGGUCUGGAGCUUCUACCUCACCUUUCUCAAUGCCGUCGUCGAAUUGGGCCCCGAAGAGGGCAAACACGCCUUCGGCAGCUCCAAGUGGAAGGCGCUGGUCGCCAAAUGCCGCGACGCCAGCGUGUGGGAAGAGGUGGUGCAGGCCGGAUACGCAGGUAUCGAAGGCAGCGUGGACCCCGAUGUCGUCGUUAACCUAGCUACUCUCCUACUGACCCAUGCCCCUUCUCAACGCCUCACGCAGCAGCGCAUGGAGACGUACCUCUCCGCUUCGGCACAGCCCGCGUUCGACAUCGCCUCGCACAUGGCGUCGCCGCUGUACGCGCAAAAGCGGUCCGGCCUGCGCAGCAACGGCACCAACACGCCGCGCGACCUCAACUCACGGCUCAAGCUUCUCGAGCUGUACACGCUGCACGUGCUCCCGCGCAACGAAGAGUGGGACUACGCGCGCGAGUUCAUCAGCAUGAGCGAGGUGCUCGACGACGAGCGCAAAGAAGCCUUCCACCUAGCGCUGCACAGCCUGCGCGAGGAGCAAGAAUCGGCCGCCGAGCGCGAGGCUGAGCUGCGCCGGCAGCAAGUCGAGCAGCUAGAACAGCGCCGCCGCGACGCCGAAGUGCGCCGCCUGGAGGCCGCCAAGGCCGAAGAGGAAGACGAAGCGCGCCGUCGCCGCGAGCGCGAAAACGAAGCCGAAUCCCGCCGCGCCCGCCGCAACCCCGACCAGACCAACAAGGCUCAGCGGAAUCGCUCUCCGCCGCCGCCGCCGUCGUCGUCCGCUCCGCCGGCAGCAGGCCACCAUCGAGGCGGCAGUGGCCAGUCGACCUCGUCGCGUCCCGCGAAAAAAGGUGCCAUUAGCCCGCGCGGGCCUCGGCCUGGCGGACUCGCUGGUUUGGUGUCUACCGCGCAGGCGCUGGUGCUCAAUGCCGCGCGCAACAUGACGCGGAAUCCGCUCGCGUUUCUGCGCAUGCUGCUGUUUAUGCUUGCGUUCGCCCUUGCGUUCGGCAGGCAAGACGUACGGGUGCGGGUGCGUAAACUGCUGCGACAGGCGUGGGAGAAGAUACGCCAGACGGCGGGAAUGGGCGUCAAGGUGUCUUACAUCUAG